CUUCACUAGAUCACUAGACAGAAGACACCUUCAUUGCCACCCAUUCUUGGAAAAGUUCCAAAUCGAAGUACGCACAUCUGAAGUUCAAUAGCAGGGUUGACACUCGCUUGCAUUUGUUUGUUCACGUGUACUAUUCAAGUGGCGGGAUUUCGCCGAGGUCCAAACCGAGCGGUUCGUUCUCCACUGUCUUCAAGAACUCCGACUAGAACGGACAUCCCAAGAGAGCUCGUGAUUCAGAUUUCAGUACUGACUUCCGAAAUCAUCAGCGUGAAAGUGUGGUUCCGUGUUUUCUGGACGUACAUUUUACCCAGCGAAAAUGAGCUUAACUAUGUCUGACGCGUCGAAAUCGGAGUUAUCUAACUAUUGAUUGCCGGAUCAUCUUUGCUUUGUAUAAGGCGCGCGGCUUGGAACAUUCACUGUCAGUUGCACAUGAGGAGUGAAGGAGAGUGAACGUCAAAUCAGACCUCCUAGAUCUUUCUUUUCACUUGAAAGUGAUACGGUUACUGCCUAUUUAUAUUUUUGCUCAAGUCAACAGUGCCUAAGACAAUACACACACACACAAACACACACACACACACACAAUGAGUCGGAAACGCAUCAUCGAGGGUGUGAAAAGUGCCAUAGAACUAUUGAAAGGUGUUCCAUGGAGAGGACUCUUGGCCAUACUGGGUGGAUUUACUAUUCAACUAGUUCUGGGUGCUUAUAACAGCUUUGCCAAUAUCAUGCCCUACAUGGUGUCCUAUAUGAGAAAGUACUCCGCAGACGACAAAGAGGAUUUGAACUACAGCACCUUCAUAAUCGUACAAUCUGCAUUCGGUGUCACUCAAGGCUGUGUUCUUCCCAUUGGAAGUGUUCUUGUCAGAGCAAUCGGGGUCAAGGCGGCCGUGAUUUGCGGGUCUCUCCUCUUCGUCACAGGGCCCUUCCUCUCAUCCUGGACAGUCAAGCAAGAACUGUGGAUGGUGGUGGUGUCCUACGGAAUCCUGUCCUCCAUUGGCCACAACCUGGCCAUUAUCCCCACCCUCACCAUUCCAAUGGCAUGGUUCCCGCAACGCAGAGGACUCGUGGCCGGGGUGGUGGUGUCGGGUUUCGGCAUGGGCGCCCUAGUGUUCAACCAGUUCCAAACUCAUUUUGCCAAUCCCAGGAAUCUUCCAGUGUGUUCCAAUGGAACGGAUGCGGGAUAUUUUGUAGAUGAUGAGAUCCUGCUGCAAGUACCCGCGCUACUCAAGUACUCAAGUGCCCUGUAUGCCGCCCUUCUAGGCGUGGGGGCUUAUCUUUUGCUCAGCAUGACACCGCCCAAAGAGGCUUACUUGCGUCGACCCAGUGUGUGGUCCAUUCAAGUGGGGCCGACAAUGAGUCCCUCUCCACUCCAGUAUCCCACCAAGCCUGAGAAAGAACCAAUGCCGUCAUUGAGCCAAGCGACCAUUCCAUCCUUAUCGUCAUCGUUGUCCUGCAGCCAAUCGCUACAAAUGAGGCUCAGAUCCAUUCGGAAAGCACUGGGCCCAAUUGAUCAGAUCUUGUGCAAACGUGAAUUCUAUCCCCUCUGGGUGUCCAGAUUUGGCUUGGUCAUGAUUUCCCAAGGGUUCUUCGCCUUCUACAAGGCCUUUGGUUUGAAAGAGUUGGGCUACAACGAUGACUUCCUGUCCACCGUCGGAGCAUUGGCCGCCAUUUUCAACUGUGCCGGCCGGGUGGGAUUCGGAUUUCUCCUGGAUCGAUUCUCAUACAAAUCGCUAAUGCUCGUGGAAAGUGUGAUUGUUUUGGGUCUCUCGUCCUCGUUUUAUUGGAUGGCCAGUGCCAGCCAAUAUGGCAUGGCCGCCUCGCUGUGGUUGCUGAACCUUUUCUCAACGGGCGUGUUCUCCAUGCAUCCAGCGGUGUGUAAUAAAAUAUUUGGUCCUAAUCUGGAUUCAAUUGCCAUUGGAAUGGUUGGAUCGAGCGACAUUGUCAAUAAUCUCCUGAUCGGAUUUCUCAGUCGCCCGCUCAUGGUUCAUUUGGGUUGGAUGGGAUAUUUUCUGUGCAUAUCCAGCCUGAGCUUUCUUGUUUUUGCUGUCACCCUUGUUUUUCCGAAAGAAUCGAAAAACAGAAACACGAAGCAAUCCAGCUCGAGCUCUUCCUCGGAGGCUACCACCUCCUCGUCAGAUGAUUUGUCAGCCCUUCCCAAUGAUUUGUCAUUGAUCACAAGGCUUUAAUAAAGCCAGCCUCAAGUUCAAAUUUGGCAGCCAAGCAAUCCAACCAAAAGGGCGCUAAAAGAGCGCUCUCAAACCAACUUGCUGUCUUCAUUACGAUGUCAAUCAUGAUAAUAACUCUUUGCACCGACACGAAGUUAAGGAUCCACACCAAACGUCACAGACAGAAAAAGGGAACGAUUGGACAUUACGUGGAGUAAAAGUGGCCAAUCGUCUACUUGAACUUGUUUGAAACGAGAUGAUCAGAAAAAUCCACGACUCCGUUGUUUUUUAUACAUACAUAACUACUUGUUGGAAAAUUUGUAAAUGCCAAAGACUAAAUAAAUGAACCAUGAAUGAAAAAAUUAAUCUCUAG